GGGGGCAGUCGCUGUGUGGUCCCGGUCCGCCAAGUUGACGCUGCCGCCUCCGCCGCUACCGCUUUUUCCUCACUGGCGUGGUCUUUUUGUCCCGUAUUUUCUUUUUCGCUUGCGCCUUUUUUGUCCCGUUCUGUCAGAUAAAUCGAGAUGGGGAAGAAGGAGGAAGAGGAGAUAAUCAGAAUCGCUAAAAAGAUGGAUAAAAUGGCGCAGAAGAAAAACGGGGCCGGGGCAUUGGAUCUCUUGAAAGAACUGCGAAGUGUACCAAUGACUCUGGAGCUGCUCCAGUCCACCAGAAUCGGAAUGUCUGUUAACGCGAUCCGCAAGCAAAGCACAGAUGAGGAAGUGACAUCUCUCGCCAAGUCCUUGAUCAAGUCCUGGAAGAAGCUUUUGGAUGAGCCUGGAGGUGGAGAUAAAGCUCCAGAUGAGAAGCGAAAAGAACAAACAACACCUGUCGUCUCUCCAUCGCAGGGAAGCCCAGAGCCUAAGGAAGAGAGCAGCUCCAGCAGUAAUUCCAGCAGCAAAAGYGAAACUUCUGAAGUCGCUUCCAACACGUUUACCACCACCUCUCCUCGCGCCCCAACCACCUCCGACUCCAUCCGGCUCAAGUGCAGAGAGAUGCUGGCCAGUGCUCUGCAGACUGGAGAGGAUCAUAUUGCUAUCGGUGCUGAUUGUGAGGAGCUCGGCGCACAGAUUGAAGAAUAUAUCUUCCAAGAGUUUAAGAACACAGACAUGAAAUAUAAGAACCGUGUGCGGAGCCGGAUCUCGAAUUUAAAAGAUAUGAAAAAUCCAAAUUUAAGGAGGACCGUGCUCUGYGGGAGUGUAACCCCGGAGCGGAUGGCCAAGAUGACCGCAGAGGAAAUGGCCAGUGAUGAGCUGAAGGAAAUGAGGAAGAAUUUGACCAAAGAAGCUGUCAGGGACCACCAGAUGGCCACCACCGGCGGCACUCAGACUGAUUUAUUCACCUGUGGCAAAUGCAAGGGGAAGAACUGCACCUACACACAGGUUCAAACUCGAAGUGCUGAUGAACCGAUGACCACGUUUGUCUUCUGCCAGCAGUGUGGAAAUAGAUGGAAGUUCUGCUGAAUCCGCUGGCGACAUCCACGGCACUCCCGACAAGUAGCAAAAUUCCCGGACCAGGUUCUGUCCGCCUGCAGCAGAGCGGAGCUUUGUAUUCUGUGGUUGCGUUGUACUCAACAUCCAAGAUGCCACUACGGUUACCGUUUGAGUAAAUAUCAUGGUCAUAGAUUGAGCUUAUUGUCACUUCCCCUGAGGCCCCUCUCUCCAAAUCUCUUACUGUUGUUAUUAGUUGUUUCUCGCUGUCAGAUAUAUGCCAUGAAUCUUGUGUCAUUCUCUUUUAUCUGCGUUUUUAUAUGUAGUUUUAACACUUUGGAUAAUAUUGUUUUUGUUUGUUUUUUUUUGCUUUCCCRGCACAGCAUUGUAUUGUUUUAUUUAAUUCCCCAAUAAAGUGUAAUCCAUUUGAUUAAAAAGGAGUUAUUUUAAUUACUCGUCUUUCAUUAUGCUCCACAGUCUACGCGAACCUUUACUAUCGCCGUAAUGCCUGUGAGUAUCUGAGCGGACACACAUCCCUGUACGAGUGUGUGGGAGUAUAUUUUUGUAAUUGGUAGAAUAUUCAUCACUUCAAAGUGAAUGCAGAUGUAUGCAUAUUAUUAAUCUGUCUAGAGACAGGAUMAUGUCAUUGGUUGGAUCAGGAAAAACACAACUGUUCCCCCUUUCAUGGAGCUUUUGUAAUUGCCAGGUGCAAACACUCUGUGCUGAUGAGCUGCUUUGCUGCCUUUCUGCGGGCCAUGCUGAACCCAGACCAGUAAUAUGUUACAAUAAAGAGCAUUUUAUGUCUAGAGUUACACAUAGCACAUAUUUUAGAAGUGUUUAWGCGCCUUGUACUUUUCCUUUUUGAACUUUUUAAGAUUAGAGAAACCUAUGAGUGCGUAACUGACGUGGACAUUACAGACUGAAAUUUGUAUUUCAUUUUUGUCAAWCAACAAUCUUACAUUGAUUGUUGAUCGAACUUUAAUAAGGCUAUUGUUUUGAUUUCAACCAGGAKUGUCCAAUUUUAGUUUUCGAAAGCUACUGUCCUGCAGCCUUUAGAUGCACCGCUGCCUCAACGCACGUCGGAAAGGUGGUUCGCCCAGGGCGCCAAACAGGACAGGACCCCCGUCCGCUUACAUCAUCACCCUCUAUUCAGCUCCGACCUCUUUCCCUAAAGAAAAGCAUCCCCACAGCAUGACACUGCCUUCCACAUGCUGAGCCUGCAAGACCGGUGUGUUCAAAGUCAUUUGCAUUUUUAGACUUCUGUUUCAUUGAUAUUUUGCAUGUAGGCAAGAAAUAAAUAACUUGUGGACUUAUCUAA